ACGUGUGACGUGUGCAUGCGCGUACGACUGUGUGACGUGACGCGACCCUUCAGGGUCGACGCCCCUGUGUCAUUUCUUGGGGAUUCAAGGUGAAAGGUGCCGACGGUUGUGCAGAAAUCGUUCAAGCUCGGAAACCGCGCUCGCCUCCGUGUGCACGUGGGCCACGGCUGCCGGUGAGGGACGUGGGACGUGGUUCGGAGCAGCGUCCACAGGGGCCCGUGUCCCAGGGUAGCUGUCCCCGACGUGCACGCACCGAGGUGGCUGCGGUCGCUCGCGUUAGCCCCGAAAAACCAGGGGCCACGCUCUGCUCCCACCCGACGUCCCGCGCGCAGCGUGUUUAGCGCAGUACAUGGUGCCUCCUCCUCCCGCCCUGUGUGGUGCCGACCCAGCACCGUCCACGGCGGCCAGCGCCUGCUUGGUCGUGUCCAACGGCUUCGUGCGGUCCGACGCCCCGCCUCGCGCGCCUCACCCUCCUGCAGUGUGGACACGCAGACCCCUCACCGUGUGGGCACCAUGGGGCCUUCCUCCUUGGACGCUGCUGUCUACACCGUAUGCCCCCAGUCACUGGGUUCUGAACUCUCACGGGGCUGCGAGGCCUCAGGAGCCCACAGCAGCAUGACACGAUUCUCCCGGACAUGCCGAUCCUGCUGUCACCGGUGGACACCCACUGCCACCGUCCCCGGGGGGACACCCGACUGUCACCGUCCCUGGGGGGACCCCCACUGACACUGUCCCCAGGGGGACACCUGCUACUGUCACUGUCCCCGGGGGGACCCCCACUGACACCGUCCCUGGGGGUAGAUCUGACUGUCACCAUCCCCGGGGGGACACCCGACUGCCACCGUCCCUGCAGGGACACCCACUGACACUGUCCCUGGGGGUAGACCCGACUGUCACCGUCCCCGGGGAGACACCCGACUGUCACCGUCCCUGCGGGGACCCCCACUGCCACUGUGCCCCGGCUGGAAAGGCCAGUUUGCCACCAUCCACGCUGUGCUCCUCCAAUAUCCCUCACCCGUCAGGGUUGCCUGUUCCUUGGACCCCUCGAGCGGUCGUAACGCCGUGUGACCCGCUGCCAGCAGACGGCGGCCAGUCCCACGCGUCCUGUCCUGUGUCGUGAGAGCCUGGUUCCUCUUCCUUCCUGAAGGUGAGCUGCUCCCUCAGGGCACAUGUGUCUCCUUGCGCUGCCCGCAGCUCAUCGAGAACGACGCGCUGGCCUUCAGUCCCCCCCGCGACCCGGAGGGCCGGCUCCAGGCCCCGGCCGGCGGCAGGACCGCGACCCCCGCAAGCACGACCCCCACAAGCCCCCCACCGUGCGUGCAGGAGACUCGGCGUGUCCAGGCUGCCGCGGGGAAGCCGGGGGUGAGAUCGCCGUGCCUCACGGUCCCCCGUCCCUACACGUGGGCACGGGCCGUGGCGGAGAUCAGGGCCUGGCCCCACGGCCCCGGGCGCCCGCCACCUGCUGUGUCAGGGAGGCCGGAGCGGACCUCGCGGGCACCAGCUGCGCUGCUUGUCCUGAGGGCGGCCUGGACGACCGGCCAGAGGGGCCAUGUGGCCACGGGCCUCCCACCUCGCCUGGACCGCAGAGGCUGGCGACCCCCACCCUGACCCCGUGGAGCCCUGGGGGUCCCUGCACAGAGACAGGCCAUAGUGGGAGCCGCCGCCUUCGGGAGGUGCCCGGCCCCGCGCCGGCCCCGGCCCCCCUCAGCACAGCUCCGUGACCGCGUGGCCCGGUUUCAUUCCUGGCUUUGUGCGCACGGCAGCUGGGGCCUUGCGUCCCGCCCUCGGCCCUGGGAUUCCUUCCCCGCGUCACCGCUGCGUGUUUUGCCCGCGUCUGGCGGAGAGACCGUCGCUGUGUCGUCGACGUGCAGAAGUCCCUGUCCCUUCCGGAAGUGGUGGACUUUCACGUAUCUUCGACCAUUUCUUGACUUUUUCUGCCCCCCUCUAGUCCCUCAUGAUGAACUUGUACAUCUUUACCCCUUGAACAUUCAU